AUGCAGGAGAGCAUGCUGACUCUGGAGACCAUCAAACACCUGCUGCUGACGAAAGGAUGGAAGAUGAUGCAGGAGAGCAUGCUGACCCUGGAGACCAUCAAACACCUGCUCCUGACAAAAGAGAGUAGAGAAGUUGAAGGUGUCUCCACCACACAGACCGGAGCGAUCCUCCACAUCGCAGCCCGACAGUCUCCCUACUUCGGCACCAAGAAGAAACGUUUCCCCGUGUUCGACAAGUACGUUCCCUGGAAGGUCCUGUUCGUGGAGUACGACCCUCCCCGCUACACCGCUCCCAUGGAGUACUUCUCCGAGUGGUUCCGCCAGUUCGCUGACGAGGUCGAUCCAAGCACUCAGCAGCCACCCCCCGUGUGGAACGAUGUUGUUGGGUACAAGAUGCAGAUCUGGCACGAGGGGGAGGGGGGCGAGAGGGAACAGCUGGAGGAGGUCAUGGAGGUCGAUCGAAGGUCGUGGAUCGAAGACAAGGACAAAGGAGUCAGCAUCAGAUACAACAUCAUGGCAGAGGAUGUACCACAGAACCCGAUGGGCAGGACCGGGCUGAGAGGCAAGGGGGCGCUCUUUAGAUGGGGCCCCAACCACAGCAUGCUGGCCAUCUGCACAAGAUGGAAGCACGCGGUGGACCCAGCUACUGGAGAUGAGCAGGAGGAGUACCUGCUGGUGGAGGGGAAGAGAGUUCUGGAGUUCCUGUCCUACAAGGAGCCAGACUUCGAGGAGUGGGCCAUACCUGGGGCUAUGACAGCAGGGUUGGAGAGUAAGUACAGCGUGCUGCAUCGAGCCUUCUGCACAAAGGCUCUUGGGAAACAGCCGGCAGUGGUGGACAGGCACAUGGACGAGAGCAAGGUCAAACAGUUGUUUGAAGCCUACACAGCGGAUGAGAGAGACUGCCCUUCGUCUGAGCGGGAUGACUCCAUCGAGACCUUCUCGGCCGCCAUGAUCUACCGGGGUUACGUGGACGACCCCCGGAACACGGACAGUGCCUGGGUCGAGACGGAGGCGUGGCACUUCCACUACGAGAGCGGAGAAAGUUUCCUGGAGGAGGAGAUGGUCACGGCUGGCAGCAGGUGGCAGGAAGUGUCCCGACAUGUGAAGCUGUUUGCCAGCCACGCCUCAGUCAUCCAGGAGGCAGCAGCAAGACUCAACGCCUACUUCUGAGGAGGGUCUUCCAUGGUGCCUCUUACAUGUAUCCAUGCAAACAGCAAGGAUUCUUACAGUUUACACAGUAUGGAGUAUUUCAAGAUGCAUACUUCUUAGUUUUUGUAUCACACGACUUCUGACGACACAAGGCAGAGUUUAAUGGUUGGUUAUUAUGCCUGGGCUCUCCUUUGUAUCGUACUGUUACAAUUCAAUAAAAACAAGCCUUUGAAGACCUCGUACCUCCAUUAG